AUGGUCGUGGUGGUCGCUCACUUGCUUGCAGUUGAGACUGCGCCUAGCGUCCACUUGCUGGCACUCAACUCUCACCUCGGGCUCCACGUAGCUGGGCUCUGCUCAGCGGCCACACCCCGGGCAACCGUCUCGACCGGCGGGCUAAACCAGGUGAGGGGGCCCUGUGCGCUGUGCCGUGUGCACAGGGUUUGCGGAUUCCGCUGGAUGGAAGGUCGGAUGGAACCUUGCGUCGGCACCGUCGUGACGUGGUUCGUCUCUGCACGCCGCUGGACAGCCGGUGACGGGAUGGAUCUCCACAUCGACAUCGCCUUGACGCGCCCACCUACGCCGUCGGGGACCGCGGCUUACGGCGAAUUCGAGUCGCUCUCCACUACAACCCGAAGUCGUGGUCCCAUAGUGGAGUUCAGCCGUGCCACGACGGCACAUGGCAGCCCUAUUCAGGGAUGGCGCUGCCAGCCCCCACAAGGGGAAGGGCCUAGAAAAGGUGGCCUAAACAUUGCUGGGUACCACGGCCGUCUCCAGGCUAGCCAGGGCCGCAGACGUCUUAUUAUGGUCGAAACAAUCAAAAUCGAAACAACAACAAUACCAAUAACAACAACAACAACCAUACUCAUUCUCCUCAUCCUACCUCUUCUUCCUCUUCCUCUGCCUAUUCUUCUGCCUAUUCUUCUCCAUCUCCUUCCCGUCGCCCCACUCGUUGUCACCAGACUGGCAGGGUGAGCCCGCUCACUCUGGCAGCCUGGAAUGUUCGUUCCCUUUUAGACAAUCCGAGGAGCAACCGACCGGAACGGAGGACGGCGCUAGUGGCACGAGAACUGGCGCGCUACAAGGUGGACAUCGCCGCACUCAGCGAGACCCGUUUCUCCGAACAAGGCCAACUGGAGGAGGUGGGUGCCGGCUACACCUUCUUCUGGAGCGGUCGACCCAGGGCAGAGCGACGGGACGCGGGUGUCGCCUUCGCCAUUCGGAAGGACAUUGUGGGACGAUUGCCCUGUUUGCCGCAGGGCAUCAACGAUCGCCUAAUGAGCCUCCGCCUGCCUCUCCGGCGGGGGGGCCAAUUCGCCACCAUCAUCAGCGCCUACGCUCCGACGAUGACCAACCCCGACGCCGUCAGAGACAAAUUCUACGAGGACCUGCACGCCCUCUUGGCGACUGUGUCGAAGGCGGACAAGUUGAUUGUCCUUGGUGACCUCAACGCCCGCGUCGGCACAGACCAUACGGUCUGGAGAGGAGUGCUGGGUCCCCACGGUCUCCGCCGCUCAAACGACAAUGGUCUGCUGCUUCUCCGCACCUGCGCAGAACACCGCCUCAUCCUGACGAACACCUUCUUCUGUCUGCCGGAACGAGAGAAGGCCACCUGGAGGCAUCCUCGGUCGCGUCAGUGGCACCUGCUGGACUAUGUCCUCGUCCGGAGGCGAGAUCAGCGGGACGUGCUGGUGACGAAGGCGAUCGCGGGUGCUGACGGGCGAAGAUAA